GUCCUGGGCUCUGCUCUGGGCUGUAACCCCGACGCUCCACCCCUGAAGCGGUUGGGAUUUGAAUCUCCGGCGGGCUGCAGCCGGAAGCGUCCAGGACUUGGUCAGGCAAUGGAGAUCCCCGGCUCUGGCGCGCGGUGCCCGCUGCUGGAGCAGCGAGCUCGUUGGGAGCGGAAACGCGCCUGCACUGCCCGGGAGCUGCUGGAGACCGAGCGGCGCUACGAGGAACAACUGGGGCUAGUGACCACGUACUUCUUGGGGAUCCUGAAAGCCAAGGGGACCCUGCGGCCUCCAGAGCGCCAGGCUCUGUUUGGGUGCUGGGAGCUCAUUUACGGCGCCAGCCAAGAGCUGCUUCCCUUUCUGGAAAGAGGACACUGGGGACAGGGCCUGGAAGGUUUCUGCCUCUACCUGGAACUCUACACCCAAUUUGCUGCCAACGCAGAGAGGUCCCAGACCACCCUACAGGAGCAGCUGAAGAAAAACAAACGUUUCCGAAAGUUUGUAAAGCUUCAGGAAGGCCGCCCUCAGUUUGGAGGCCUUCAGCUGCAGGACCUGCUCCCUCUGCCUCUGCAGAGGCUCCAGCAGUAUGAGAAUCUUGUUGUUGCCUUGGCUGAAAACACAGGUCCUAACAGCCCUGACCACCAGCAGCUCACACGGGCUGCUCGGCUGAUAAGUGAGACCUCCCAGAGGGUCCACACCAUUAGUCAGAAACAGAAGAAUGAUCAUCACCUUCGGCGUGUCCAGGCUUUGCUCAGUGGACGCCAGGCAAAGGGGCUUACCUCAGGACGCUGGUUCCUACGCCAGGGCUGGCUGUUGGUGGUGCCUCCUACUGGGGAGCCUCGGCCCCGCAUGUUUUUCCUCUUCUCUGAUGUGCUUCUCAUGGCCAAGCCCAGACCCCCAUUGCACCUGCUGAAGAGUGGCACCUUUGCCUGCAGGGCCCUCUACCCCAUGGCCCAGUGUCAACUCUGCAGGGUCUUUGGCCACUCAGGAGGCCCUUGUGGGGGUUUGCUCAGCCUGUCCUUCCCUCAUGAGAAGCUACUGCUUAUGUCCACAGACCAGGAGGAACUGUCACACUGGUACCAGAGUCUGACUCUGGCUAUCAGCAGCCAGAAGGACUAGAAGAACCUUACAAAUUCCAGAAUUCAGGACACUUCAGGGAUAGGACAGAGCCAGGAGUACAGAAGA